GAAAAGAAAAUUAAAAAAAAAAAAAAAAAAUUACCAAUUUUAGUUUUGCAACUCUAAUAGUAAAAGUCACUCUCCCAAAAAGAUUAAAUAAAACUCUAAUAAAAUUCCUAUUUCCUCUACCCUGGUAAAAGUCCUCCCAAAUAUCAACACGCUCUCAAGAGAAAGACCACUCCCCGGAUUUUGCCUAGCCACCGCCCAAUCCGGCCGCCGCCACUGGCCCACAAUUCAAUCCGCAGCCUUCUAGAGAGAGAAGAACAGUCUAGUGAGAGAAAGAUAGAAAAACGUAUCACCAGAUGGACAGAAGAACAGUUCUCUAUACUUUAGAGAGAGAAAGUAAAGGGUAUUGCUAAUUCGUCAUAUGGCAUGUCCAAGUGAUCCAAUUAGACAUUAUACCGGAAUAACUGUACCGAGUUUGACAACGCAAUGGCAGUUUUUUCUCGUUUCUUCGUCCGUUUCCUUCUCCUUCUUGCUUUCUUCUUCACUCCAAACGUGCACGCAUUCACUGGAACUUAUGGAAUAAAUUAUGGAAGAAUUGCGGAUAACAUCCCUUCUCCUGAUAAAGUGGCUACACUCCUCAGAGCAGCAAAGAUAAAGAAUGUUCGAAUUUAUGAUGCUGAUCAUAGUGUCCUCAAUGCAUUUAGUGGUACUGGGCUUGAAUUAGUGGUCGGACUUCCAAAUGGAAACCUGAGGAACAUGAGUGCUAAUGCAGAUCAUGCCCUGGCUUGGGUCAAAGAAAAUGUGCAGGCAUUCCUUCCCAAUACACACAUACGUGGGAUAGCUAUCGGAAAUGAAGUUCUAGGAGGAGGUGACCAAGGAAACUGGGAAGCUUUGUUGGGUGCGGCAAAAAAUAUUUAUAAUGCCACAAAAAAGCUUCAGCUAACUGAAGUUAUUCAGAUUUCCACUGCACAUUCACAGGCUGUUUUUGAUAAUUCAUACCCUCCCUCCUCAUGUAUUUUCAAAGAUAAUGUUGUUCAAUACAUGAAGCCACUCUUGGAGUUCUUCUCACAGAUUGGAUCCCCUUUCUGUUUGAAUGCUUACCCAUUUUUGGCUUAUACGUAUAAUCCAGAUGAAAUUGAUAUAAAUUAUGCACUUUUCCAGUCAAACAAAGGAAUACAUGAUCAGAAAACUGGUCUGCAUUAUGAUAACAUGCUUGAUGCUCAGAUUGAUGCGGCCUAUGCCGCUUUGGAAGAUGCUGGAUAUAAAAAGAUGGAAGUUAUAGUUACAGAGACAGGUUGGGCUUCUCACGGAGAUGAAAGUGAAGCUGCAGCAACAGUUAAUAAUGCGAGGACAUACAAUUAUAACCUGCGUAAAAGGCUUGCCAAGAGGAAGGGAACCCCACUAAGGCCAAAUAUUAUGUUGAAGGCAUAUGUUUUUGCAAUUUUUAAUGAGAAUUUGAAGAAUGGUGCCGGUUCUGAAAAGAACUAUGGACUGUUUAAAGCUGAUGGGAGCAUCUCAUAUGAUAUUGGGUUUUCUGGACUGAAAUCAUCAUCUGCAGUCUCGUCUCUUCUGUCAAUAAAGGAUAUUCAAGCUCACGGUUGGCCUGGGUUCUACUCCUUGGUAUUAACUGCCUCUACAUUACUGCUGUUUCUGUUCCCAAGAUUGUGAAAAAACAAGUUCUGGGGCACUCCCCUAUUGUAUUCGAUACCAGAUUAGCAUUCAGAAGCUAUCAAUAUUUUCGGUUUGGUACCCAUUUGAUCUCAUAUUUUAGUCCAGCAUAAGUGCAUCAACGAUUCUUGUUAUUACUAGGAAAAAGUGUUAGUCAUUGCUGAAAUAAAUCAGCAAUGGAUAUUGAUUUUGUAACUAAUAAAUCUUUCUUUAUGAUUAUAAAUAGCAUGUCCUCAUUUGAGGUUCAUGUGAGCUUGCAUUA